UCCUGUCAGCGUAGAAGCAGGCGGAUGCACUGAUAGCUCGUAUUUCUCUUGACUUUCACAUUAUGUUGUUGUGUGUCGCGGUUGGUCUCCCUCCACCUGGCCCCUCGCCAUCCCUCCGGACGUCUGUGAGAGCGGACUGACUGAAGGUAAAUGUCCGGAGUGAGAGAGCAGCCCGCCGGAUUGCUGCAGGCGAUGAAGGCGCUUUGAAAAACCUCCAUCGCUGCCCGACUGAGAGUCGACUGGAGCUGUCUGGCUGGCUGCACUACUAUGACUCUGAGCUCCUGAAGAUUUGCUUUAAAAAACAAAAUUGCCAUCCUUCCUGAAGCCCACUUAAUUCCUCGAUGGGUUCCCGCAGCCAAGGGUUCUUCCACCAUCACCACAACCAUCAUCGUAGCUCCAUGGUGCCCACUGUUGUGCCCAGGCUGCUGCCUGAGAAUGGCAGCCUGCUGGGGGGCAUCGCGCAAAUCACCCCCAACCUCUUCCUCAGCAGAGGGAAUGUGGCAUCCAACCGCAGCCUGCUGCUGUCCAAAGGCAUCACCUGUGUGGUCAAUGCCACUAUCGAGCUCCCCAACUUCAACUGGCCACACAUGGAGUAUGUAAAGGUCCCUCUGGCCGAUAUGCCCCACUCCCCCAUCUCCUUGUACUUCGACAGUGUGGCUGAUAAGAUCCACAGCGUGGGACGAAAGCGAGGGGCAGUGCUGGUGCACUGUGCGGCAGGCGUGAGCCGCUCAGCCUCUCUCUGCCUGGCGUACCUCAUGAAGUAUCAUCGUGUGUCUCUGGCUGAGGCCCACGCCUGGGUAAAAGCCCGCCGCCCUGUCAUCAGGCCCAACGGUGGUUUCUGGCGCCAGCUCAUCGAGUACGAGAGAAAGCUGUUUGGUAGAAACUCUGUUAAGAUGGUUCAGACUCCCUACGGGGUCAUACCUGAUGUUUAUGAGAGGGACCGCAGGAGCCUGGCUCCGUACUGGGGCCUGUAAAAUUCGCAGCGAGGAGAUUGAGGAGGAAGUGAGGAUGAGCCCUUUUGCCCCCCUGGACUGCAGCUUCAUGCGUGUUCAGGACCGGCGAAGUGAGACACGUGUGUACAUCUGUGUGAGGCUUAUUUAAUGAAUACUGGUGUAUACUUUGGACAGAGGGAGCCUUAACCAAACACUGGUUGUUGAUGCUGUUCGUCCAACCAGUUGCCUCCAUUUAGUCUUUGAGCGGGAGCAAGGCGACUUCAAGCCCAGAAUCCUUUUGGACCAAAGGAUCGAUUGGGACCACGAUGAUGUCAGACACCAAAACAAGAUGAAGUGAUCAGAGCGUGGAUGUCGGUGCCAUCUAUCUCCCAGUCUGUCUUUCCAGUUCCAGUGGAAGAUGGUGAAGAUGUUGGCUGUGCUCGAGACUCUGGAGCUCUGACAGCGAUGUGACUGAAGUCCUUUCCUGACGUGAUGAUGUCAUGUGGUGGUAUUGUGCCAGUUUUGCAGUAAUCUUUGGUGUGAAGGGCAGCAGCAUGCUCUCAAUUUAUGGUAGCAUUUAAGAUAAGUGUACAGAAAAAAAUAUAUAUAUAUAGGCAAAUUAUUUUAUUGGGAUGUGCUGGUAGCGAGGAGAAAAAAUGGCACACUUUAACUGAACAUUUAAAGAUGUUAUUAUAUCUACCUUUUUUAAGGUGAAAAUCUAGAAGAUGCAAGCUAAAAGUCAAGGUUUAGGGAAAGCUCCUGUGUACCACAGGGUUGUUUGUUCCAUCCUGUGACCACACUAUGUUAUUGUAGUGCUAUUUGAUGCUGUAUUUGAAGAAAAAAAAAAAAAAAAAGCUGCAGCUUCAAGGGAACUGGUAGCUCUAUGAUAGAUGCUUGAAAGAGUAUUUUCUAUCCCACUGUUUUGCCUUGUGUCCAUAGGUUGGAGGGAGAUCAGAGCAGUACAAAAAAGACAUUUUAUUUCUUUAUGUAAACCAACUUAAAAGAGCGAUAUCACACUGGCUGAAGAUUCUUCUGAUGUCGUCUGCUGGUUGAAAUUUUACCUUGCUGCACUUGCUGUCCACACUCCACAAGUGAUGCUGAGUAGAGUUGGGUUGAUUUCCGGUUUAUCCGGUCUGGUGUACGAACUUAAACCGGUUUGAUUUUAUGCAAAGUGGCUGAACCGCCAUGUGACAUUAUGACAUGCUAUGGCAAAUUAAAAAGUAGCCUACAUCAUCAACCUUUGCUGAUGGCAUCAUGGCACUAAGUCCAACUUGUAUUGCAUUGGUAAUAAGCAAUGUGACAAUGGGAUCAACAUAAUAUGUUUUUAAAUGGACUAAAGGAGCCACUACAGUAGUGUCUGACAGGCCGUGAACAAUUUACUGCAGAACCUAGCACUGGCAAUGUGGAGAUCAAAUUUCAGCAGAGGUGGGAGAGGGGGGUGCAUGUUGUGUUUGUUUUCUAGAAACGUCAUGUGUUUUUGGGGUGAUACGAUGAGACAUAGCAGAGUCUUUCAAGAAAACUGCAUCAGUAUGGCAACAUUUCGGAUUUGAAGCAAGCAAAAGAGGUGUGUAACUGGCUGCGAGCCAUGUGGUGCGCCUUUUUGAGCAGAACUUGUGUUGUACACCCUGUUUCUAUUUAUUCCUGUAGCACACAUUGAAAACUCAGCGUAGAAGGAGAAUGACUGAUUGAUGAAGUUGAAAUGAGGAAUUAUCUAUAUGAUACCUCCUCAUUUCUCUACAUAAACUAAAAUAAUUUGGCAACUGGCUGGAGUGAGAUCGCCAGGGAGCUGAAAGUUUCUGGUAAGGUACAUGUUAUAACUAAAGUGCAUAUUUAAUAGAUUUAGUGUGGACAGAGAGCUCCAAUGUUACACAAUACAACAUGAUAGUCAGAAGUAUGUUAGCUGUUAGUGAACGGUGUCAUUAUGUUCCAUUCCAGAGCGGCUUUUGAGUGCAGUGCGACACCUAGUGGUAAAAUUCAGUAUACCAGUCUGGUCCAGUGUUUGGCUUAAUAUCAAACCGGUUUAAAAAACUUUACACCGGCCCAACGCUGCUGUUCAGCUCUUAAGUCGUAGGGGUGAGAUUAAAAAAAGAUAUCACAGUAAAUACACACAACCAUCAAGUUUGCCACCAAUAUUACCUUAUAAAAGUAGUUUGUUUAUGCAGCAAAACGCAUCAUGUCUAUCCUUAAUGUCUAACACGUUUUGAAUAUAUGUCUUUCCUUCCUCAUACAACAUUUGCAAAGUUGAGUUUUUAAGUGUUUUAAUUCUAGCAUUGUAAACAUUCAUGUUUACGUGGUAGCAUUCUUCUUCUUCUCUAUCUGUACUGGUGCAGUGCUACAUCUCUUAGCACAUUACUGCCAUCUUAGUAAGCGUGAAACCUUUGGUAGGAUUUUGUAUCAUUACGCUUGUGAAAAUCUGCACCACUAGUUAGGGCUGCACAAUAUGCAAAAAAAAGAUGUUGCCAUUAUUUUGAAAGAUUGAGAUAUAAGUUGUGAUUUUAGUGGGAAUGGUAUUUUUUUUUUUUUGCAUUUUAUUUUACUGAAAAAAAUGUGCUUUUUGCUGGGGUCUAAACCAAACAAGCACCAAACAUUCACUUACAUCUGGAAUAUGAUUUGAAGGCCCAGGAAUCUGCCACCAAUGUGCUUCAUUUACAAUGAUAUAUUAUUACACAUUUAUCUUUAUCAAAAAAUCGCAGUUCCAGCAAUUUGGAUAUUACACUUGGCCCUGUUGCGAUUUCAGUUAUAUUUUAAUUUAUUGUGCAGCCCUACCACUAGAGAUCAAAACCUCCCCGGGUUACUUAUAUAUACUUGAUUAUAUAGUUGAUUCUUUAAAACAUUAGAAAAUGACAUUCAUCUGACAUCUGACAUUCAUCAAAACACCUGCACCCAUUGUUUUCAAUGUAAACCUGUACACCGCAAUGACGUGUCCAAAAGAUAUCAAGAGAAAAUGCAGCAAAUUCUCACAUUUUAGAAGAUUAACCUGAGAUAAAUGAUAAUUAAAUCUGUGAACAAUUAUCAUUUCAUUUUCUUUCUAUCAGCUAAUCUGAACUAAUUGUUUCAGCAAUAGAUGUACCAGAUAACUCAUGUUACAGACUGUGAUACCAUCAUUACCGUGAGCAGUGAAUGUAUCGUGUCAGUUUUGUAUUGUGACUCUCACCCCUACACUAUACUGUGGUAUAACAUCACUGUUGGGUAUGGGUCGUGUAACAGGCUGCACACAGCAGUGAUGUUGGAUGUGGUGUCGAGUGCAACACAGUUGACAUAUUCAACCCACAGAGAUCAGUGCAACAAUGUUUUUUCAACAAUGCCAUAAUAAAUUAAGUGUGAUAUUACAAUAAUAUUAAUAAAAAAGAAUAAAAGUUCAGGGGUUAAUGAUUGUUAGCAGGAAAAGAUGUUCUGUAAUCUGACUUCUAAUUAUUUCAUGCCCCAAGACAGUCAUAUUAAAAUAAUAAGAAAAAGAGCUCAUGUUGGUUUGUGUUUAAAUGUGUUUGAAUUUAAUAGAAGAAAAACAUCUCUUACACGCAACAUUUCAGGCUUUCACUGGAAUAAGAAUGCCUUUUUUUUCUGACCACGACGACAUCUAUGAGAUGUCUUCGCAUGAACAGGCUGCAGCGUUUCCUCCUCCAAACGCCUCUUGAUGUUCACUCUGCACGGCCAUUUUCCCCGAGAGACGUCUUCAGAUGUCAAAGAAACGCUCUGUCAUUCAUUUUCAUUUUGCUGUGGCUACAGAGCAGCAGGCAGAUUAUUGAUGAGCACCAUUUGUCUUGUGCCCACACUUUCUGAGGGACCUCCAGAGUGGUCUCUACAACGAAUGCCAUUACC